AUGUCUCCCUCUAUAGUGGCCGAAAAGUGGUGGAAAAACUCCAUCAUCUACCAAAUCUACCCCGCCAGCUUCAAAGAUUCUAAUGGCGAUGGCAUUGGCGACAUCCCAGGGAUUAUCUCAUCGCUCGAUUAUAUCACAAGCCUUGGUGUGGAUGUAAUUUGGCUGUGUCCCAUGUACGACAGCCCGCAGAUUGACAUGGGCUAUGAUGUUGCCGACUACAAAAGCGUAUAUGGCCCAUACGGUACUGUCCAGGACAUGGAUACCCUCAUUGACGCAUGCCACAAGCGAGGACUUCGGAUUAUCCUGGACUUAGUCGUGAAUCACACAUCAGACCAGCACAAAUGGUUCAAGGAGUCCCGCUCUUCAAAGACAAACCCCAAGCGCGACUGGUACAUCUGGAAGCCAGCUAAAUACGACGCGAACGGAAAUCGUCAGCCGCCAAAUAACUGGCGCAGCAUUUUCGGUGGCAGUGCGUGGGAGUGGGACGAGACAACAGAAGAAUACUAUCUCCAUCUGUUCUGUGUUGAGCAGCCCGAUCUCAAUUGGGAGAACCCCGAGACUCGCAAGGCAGUCUACGAGGAUGCGAUGGAGUUCUGGCUGCAGAAGGGCGUGGAUGGCUUCCGCGUCGAUACGGUCAACAUGUACAGCAAGCACCCCGACUAUCCCAAUGCUCCAAUCCUUGAUCCAAAGUCCGACACACAACCGGCUUUCUCGCUGUUCUGCAACGGUCCUCGCAUCCACGAGUACAUGCGCGAGAUGAACGACGUGCUUUCCAAAUACGAUGCAAUGACCGUUGGUGAAUUGCCAAACACGCAUACCUUGGAAGGGGUUCUGAGCUAUGUCUCAGCGGCAGAGAAGCAGCUGAGCAUGGUCUUCCAAUUCGACAUCGUGGACCUCGGCCAGGGCAAGGACUAUAAGUUCCAGACCAAUUUUCCGGGCUGGAAUCUACGAGAACUAAAAGCCGCCGUGAAAAAUACACAAGAUAUCAUCAAGGGCACUGAUGCAUGGACCACAGUGUUCAUGGAAAAUCACGACCAGGGCCGGUCUGUGAGUCGGUUCGGCUCUGACAAGACACCCGAGUUGAGGGUUCGGUCUGCAAAGAUGCUUGCUAUGAUGCAAAGCACUCUCUCCGGCACGCAGUUUAUCUACCAGGGCCAGGAGAUUGGAAUGGUGAACGCGCCUCGAGAGUGGACGAUUGACGAAUACAAAGACAUAGAUAGCAUCAACUAUUAUCGGAUGAUAAGCGAAAAAUCCGGCAAAGACCCAGCCGAGUUAAGCAAGGCGAUGGAUGCUCUGCAGUAUUUGGCGAGAGAUCAUUCCAGACUCCCCAUGCAGUGGAGUGCUGAUGCCAAUGCUGGCUUUUCACCGGCCUCAUCGGCAAAGCCGUGGAUGCGCCCGCAUGACAAUUACCCUGAGAUCAAUGUGAAGCUCCAGGAGAAAGACUCAUCUUCUGUUCUUUCCUUCUGGAAACAGAUGAAUCAGCUGCGAAAAGAGUAUGCCGAUCUCCUGGUCUUUGGAGAGUUUGAGAUCCUCGACGAGCCAAAUCAGAGUGUCUUCACCUAUACUAAGACAAAUCACAACCAGACCAUUUUGGUUGUUCUCAACUUCUCAAAUACAACACAGAAGUUUGAGAAACCUGAUUCCGUGAAGAGCGAAAAUUGGAAAUUGUUGGCUAGCAAUGUAGAUGGGCACAAUGAGGACUUGCAUGCGUUUGAGGGAAGAGUCUUUUUGGUUUAG